AUGCAUGUUGUUGAUCUGCACAGCAAGAUGACCAACCGGCGUGUGGUGCUGCUGAUCGUGUGUAUCUGGGCAGGGGCUAUCAUCAUGGGGCUGGUCCCCUCCAUAGGGUGGAACUGUGAGUGCCACCAGCUUAGCAACUGCUCAAUCAUCACCCCGCUCUACAGCCGCAGGUAUAUGAUCUUCUGGGCGUCUCUCAACCUGCUCACCUUUUCUGUCAUGGUGGCUGUGUACGCACGCAUCUAUGUCUACGUGCGACGUCAGGGUAAACGGAUGUCUCAGCAUACCUCCCACCAUCUGAGGCACAAUGAGACUGUCGUCAAUCUCAUGAAGACUAUCUCUAUUGUACUGGGAGUGUUUGUCAUAUGUUGGACACCGGGCCUGAUGACUCUGUUGGUAGAUGGGAUCAUGGGUAAAGACAGCCAUGCCGUGACCUAUGAGAAGUACUGUCUGAUCCUGGCUGAGUGUAACUCCCUGGUUAACCCUAUUAUCUACUCCUUCCUGGAUGAGGAAAUGAGAAGGAACUUUAAGUGUAUCCUGUGCUGCCUGUGUAGGAGGAGCUCUGACCACCAGGGGGAGCAGUCACCUGUGGAGUUCAACACACUGCAACCAGAGUGUGUUUUAACCUAG